AUGUUUGUUCCUACUGUUUCUUUUAUAGCUAGAAAAUCUCUAUUAAAACAACAAAAACCUUUAUUCCAUACUAUUAUAUUGGCCAAAAAACUAUGCUAUCCAGCUCCUAUUUAUACCGUUGCUAAAUCAUCCACUAAUAGAUUUUAUGCAACAUCUCCCUCCACUUUUAAUUCCAAGGAAUCUGAUGAAUUAGAAAAAGUCCAAGAAUUGAUGGAUAAGAUAUAUUCAAAUCCAUCGGUUUUAGAAAAGCUUAAUGAAAUUAGCGCCAUCAUGGUUGAAAAAAAAUAUAUUAAUCCCGAUUCUGGCAGUAUGAGUCCUUGGUCUAUGAUCAAGGUUAUCAUGGAUAAACAAGUUAAGGGUGCUAUGGUUGAAUUGAGAGAAGAAAUGCAAAAAUGUGGUAUAAACAUUGGCCAAGACCAAAUCGGUGCUUUGAUGAGUGUUUUAGGUAUGAACGGUAAAAACACUUCAAAUAAUAAGGAAUAG